GUCGCCGCCCGGUAGCGAACACACACACGUACGCACUCGCAGGCGCCAAAGCAAACACACAGAUACGAGCGCACCUUUUACGCGAUAUUGUGUAUGUGUGUGUGUGUGUGUGUGUGCAAACGGAAUACGUAUAAACGUAUAGUUACUUUUUCUCAACCCGUGUGCUCGGUGUACACGCGCGCACCAUCGUCUCGUUUACACACUUACUCGGGUAGUAGUAUACGGUUAAACUAAACACACACACAAAUACACGCAUACACACACACAUACACAUACACACACACACACACACACUCACACACAUACACACAUUUCCAUCGGUCUUCUUACGCGAUAAGUUGUAAAAAAAAGGUGAAAAGAAAUUUGUUUGCAUAAAUUUCAUCUCGACGAUUUUGUUGCGCACGCUCGCCGUCGUCAGGGCCUAGCGGAAGGAAAUUUUCGAAAAAUUCGCUUAAAACCGAAUACAGAAUUUUGUGCGUCCGUUUAGAAACCUACACGCAUAAACGUGCGCGUACACCACGCCACCGCUACGUUUGUCGCCGCCUCCGCCUUCGCCACAGUUGCCUAUCGUCGAAACAACGGUUUACUUUUGGGCCACCGCCGCCGUAUGCAGAACAUGCUAACGGCGUUUAGCUAAGCAUUACAGACGCGGCCGUCUUCGAAAAAUGUUAUAGCAGACACUGGCUGCGUGUUAAGUACGACUAGAACAAAGUUUUGGACAGUUGUUAAUAAUCAAACAACCGUCAGGUUAAUUUAUCAAAUGGCGUUGCCAAGUCGAGCGCGAGUUUAUGCUGAUGUCAAUUCUCACAAACCCAGAGAAUAUUGGGAUUACGAAUCGUACACAGUUGAAUGGGGACAACAAGAUGACUAUCAAUUGGUACGAAAACUUGGAAGAGGUAAAUACAGUGAAGUAUUUGAAGCAAUUGAUGUAACGAAUAGUGAAAAAUGUGUUGUGAAAAUAUUAAAACCGGUAAAGAAAAAGAAAAUCAAAAGAGAAAUUAAAAUCCUCGAAAAUUUGAGAGGAGGUACCAACAUUAUAUCGCUGCAAGCAGUGGUAAAAGAUCCUGUAUCUCGUACUCCUGCUCUUAUUUUUGAGCAUGUUAACAAUAUGGACUUUAAACAACUUUACCAGACAUUGAAUGACUAUGACAUUCGAUUUUAUCUCUACGAGUUGCUCAAGGCAUUGGAUUACUGCCAUAGUAUGGGCAUCAUGCAUCGUGAUGUAAAACCACACAAUGUUAUGAUUGACCAUGAAAACAGAAAAUUGCGUUUAAUUGAUUGGGGUUUAGCAGAGUUUUAUCAUCCUGGACAGGAAUACAAUGUCCGGGUUGCUUCUAGGUAUUUCAAGGGUCCAGAGUUACUUGCUGAUUAUCAGAUGUAUGAUUAUUCAUUAGAUAUGUGGUCACUAGGCUGCAUGUUGGCUAGUAUGAUAUUCAGAAAAGAACCAUUCUUCCAUGGGCAUGAUAAUUAUGAUCAACUUGUACGUAUUGCUAAGGUUCUAGGAACAGAAGAAUUAUUUGAAUAUUUAGACAAAUAUCACGUCGAAUUGGAUCCAAGAUUUUCUGAUAUUUUAGGAAGACAUUCAAGAAAACGGUGGGAGCGUUUUGUGCAUAGUGAAAAUCAACACCUUGUAACACCAGAAGCUUUAGAUUUCUUAGAUAAACUCUUACGUUAUGAUCAUUUUGAACGGUUGACUGCUAGAGAAGCAAUGGAUCAUCCAUAUUUUUAUCCAGUAGUAAAGGAGCAGUCUCGAAUUAAUUUGAGCACAUCGUCUGUAUCACCAACACCAAUUACAGCUGGUGGGAACGGAAUAACCUCUCCAAAUGCUGUUGGCGUUCUACAGUGAGUUCCUCUAUGAGACAAUGCUGCUUUUUUGCUUUUGGACAAAGUUAAUAAAAAAACAAAAAAAAAAAUCAACACCUUUUUCUCAGGAAUAUCACACAGAAACAUAAUUGUUUUUUUAUUUUUUACUUGUAUUAUUUCUAUUAAAAAAAAAGGUUAUUAUUUAA